UAUUUAACCUGCGCCAUUUCGUAAACAAAGCAGGAACCAUUUUCUGACUAAUCGAAAAUCUGUCAUAUGACAGUGAAUUAGUUCUUUAUUUUUCAGAUAUUUGAUUUAUUUUUGAGCGGAGCAAGAAGACGUGAUGGGCUGUAUUAUUGGCUCGUUAGCCUGCUGUUGUGGUAGUGCAGCCUGCAGUCUCUGCUGCGCUGCCUGUCCAUCCUGCAAGAACUCUACAGCAACACGCAUUGCUUACUCGCUCUUGUUGAUCGUAGGAACAAUCGUAGCUAGCAUCUUCCUAGCUUCUGGACUGCAGACGGAAUUAGAAAAGAUUCCAGCAUUAUGUAAAGAUCUAAGGAUAGACACCAUCAAUGUAAACAUUCAAGACAAGGCCCUGGAUUGCUCCGAAGUGGUUGGUUACCUCUCGGUUUACAGAAUCUGCUUCGCCAUGACAGGGUUCUUUGUAUUGUUCUGUAUAAUCAUGAUCAAUGUGAAGUCCUCCAAAGACCCUCGGUCUGGGAUUCAGAAUGGAUUUUGGGCCAUCAAGGCUUUAGUGUUGAUUGCCAUAUGUGUUGGAGCAUUUUUUAUUCCAAGAGGAGAAUUUGGGAUAGCUUGGAUGUAUGUUGGUCUGGCUGGAGCAUUCCUCUUCAUCAUCAUACAACUGGUCCUUCUGAUUGAUUUCGCUCACGGGUGGGCCGAGAACUGGGUGGAGAAGUACGAGGAAACCGAAUCAAAAUGCUAUUACUUUGGAUUGCUAUUCUUCACUUUCCUGUUCUAUGCCAUUUCCAUUGCGGCAGUUAUCAUGUUCUACAUCUACUAUGCAAAUGGUGAAGACUGUGGGCUACAUAAAUUCUUUGUCAGCUUCAACCUGAUCCUGUCUGUUGCUGUGUCAGUCAUUGCCAUUCUGCCAAAGAUUCAAGAUUUGAACCCCCGCUCUGGUCUCCUGCAGUCCUCUAUUAUCUCUGCUUACAUCAUGUAUCUUACCUGGUCUGCCAUGUCCAACAACCCAGAUAGGAAUUGCAAUCCCAGCAUUGAGACCAUCUUUAUAAAAAAUAACGUAACUGGAAACCUCACCCCCACUGACUACGUGAAAGCUGACAACUUUGACUGGCAGAGUCUUCUUGCUCUGCUGAUGUGGAUCUUGGCUGUCCUGUACUCCAGUAUCCGCACCUCAAGCAACAGUCAAGUCGGAAAGUUAACCUUGUCAGAGAGAACUGUCCUUCAGUCUGAUUCAGGUGAUGCUCCACUUGUUGAUGGUGCCUCUGAUUCUGGAGAUGAAGAGAAGGGUAAGCAGCAUGUGUGGGACAAUGAGGAAGACGCAGUGGCCUACAGCUACUCCUUCUUCCACUUCAUGCUGGCCUUGGCCUCCCUCUACGUGAUGAUGACCCUCACCAACUGGUACAGUCCAAGCUCUGACUUCAAGUCUCUGAAUGCCAACAUGCCUUCUGUGUGGGUCAAGAUCGUGUCCUCCUGGGUGUGUGUGGCCCUGUACGUGUGGACCCUGGUGGCCCCCAUGGUUUUGAGGAACAGAGAGUUCAGUUAAACUGACAAUACCCUCUGUUAGGGGAGAACAAAGCUCCUACUCUUGAUUAGGAGACCAAACGAGCACAUUGGUCAAUGCCAAAGUGUAAAAUGUAGAAAUUAACUGUUUAAAAAACUUGUUCUCCAUUUCUUUGUUGUGUUUAUUUGAUCACUAUUUUUGAUUUGAUUGCAGUAUCCAGGCACCAUAUAUUAUUUGUAUCAGAAAUUGGCUAAAAUCAAUGGACCUUAAUUUUUUCACCAACUAUUAUCUUUGAUGCUUUCUGAUGGUUUUGGGAUUAAAGUAAAUACUAGUAAGGACUAAGAUACAUGUAUAUGCUAUUAUUCUAAAUCCAAAAAUCGGAUAUAAAUUUAUAAAAAUUAUGAAUACUUCUGUAUAUAAACAGAGAAAAUUAAAAUAUUUGUUACCAUCAAUAUUAACCAUGUUGUCCAGAACAUGUAAUUUUAUUGCAAUAGCUUCGUAAAUGGGUUUAAUUUAAAACAUUGCUUGAAAUGUGUAUUACUUUAUUUUGUCAUUUGCUAACUUCUAUUUUGAACUUCAUUGCAUGAUUUGUAUUUUCAUUUCCAACUGCAUUUGUACAUUUUCAUGACACAUCUUUAAAUAUUAAUUGUCCUCUGUAUAGUAAUUUGUUCAUGUUGAUGUUGUAAAAUAUGCUAAUUUCGUAAAUUUUUUACCAAAAAUAAGUUUUAAUUUAAUA